GGAUCGCGGCACCGGGCAGCGGGCGGAGACGGGGCCGGCGGCGCCGCCAACUUGGCACUGCCCGCGGGUCUCCGGAGCAAGGACCCGAAGCUUUGCGUGGGCUCGCGUCUCUGCCGCUGUCUCUCGUCCCUGGUGUAGCCAUGCCGACCCCGGCAUCGCUCUGCAUCCCGACCUCCCGCCGCUCCCCCGGGGCCGGCAGCUCCGCCGGGAGCCGCUGACGGUGCCGGAGCGGGAUCCCUCCGGAGCCAUGCCGCCCGCCCGGCCCUGCCCGGCCCCCUGACCGCCGCGUUCCCGGCCCGAGCUCUGCCCCAGCACGGCCUUGGCGAUGAGCGGGGGUCACUUUUGCAUGGAGCGUCUGUCCUUCUGCCUCCUCCUGAGUGCCUGGAGCUGGGGCUGGGCGCCCGGGGGUGCCGCCAAGCCCAAAGGCCAGGGCUACCCGCACAUGAACUCCAUCCGCAUCGACGGGGACAUCACGCUCGGGGGGCUCUUCCCCGUGCACGGCCGGGGCGCCGAGGGCAAAGCCUGCGGGGAGCUCAAGAAGGAGAAAGGCAUCCAUCGCCUGGAAGCCAUGCUCUUCGCCCUGGACCGCAUCAACAACGACCCCGACCUGCUGCCCAACAUCACGCUGGGCGCCCGCAUCCUGGACACGUGCUCGCGGGACACGCACGCCCUGGAGCAGUCGCUGACCUUCGUGCAGGCCCUCAUCGAGAAGGACAGCACCGAGGUGCGCUGCGUCAGCGGGGGRCCGCCCAUCAUCACCAAACCCGAGCGGGUGGUCGGCGUCAUCGGCGCCUCGGGCAGCUCCGUGUCCAUCAUGGUGGCCAACAUCCUGCGGCUCUUCAAGAUCCCCCAGAUCAGCUACGCCUCCACGGCGCCCGACCUGAGCGACAACAGCCGCUACGACUUCUUCUCCCGYGUGGUCCCCUCGGACACCUACCAGGCCCAGGCCAUGGUGGACAUUGUCAAAGCCCUCAAGUGGAAUUACGUCUCCACCUUGGCCUCCGAGGGCAGCUACGGUGAAAGCGGGGUGGAGGCCUUCAUCCAGAAGUCCAGGGAGGAUGGCGGGGUCUGCGUGGCCCAGUCCGUGAAGAUCCCGAGGGAGCCCAAGCCGGGGGAGUUUGACAAGAUCAUCCGCCGGCUCCUGGAGACCUCGCACGCCCGCGCCGUCAUCAUCUUCGCCAACGAGGAUGAUAUCAGAAGGGUGCUGGAGGCGGCCAAGAGGGCGAACCAGACGGGGCACUUCAUCUGGAUGGGCUCGGACAGCUGGGGCUCCAAAAUUGCCCCGGUCCUGCACCUGGAGGAGGUGGCCGAGGGCUCCGUCACCAUCCUGCCCAAGCGGGUCUCAGUCAGAGGUUUCGACCGCUACUUCUCCAGCAGGACCCUGGACAACAACCGCCGGAACAUUUGGUUUGCCGAGUUCUGGGAGGAGAAUUUCCACUGCAAGCUGAGCCGGCACGCUCUGAGGAAGGGCAGCAGCAUCAAGAAAUGCACCAACCGCGAGCGGAUCGGCCAGGACUCCUCGUACGAGCAGGAGGGGAAGGUGCAGUUCGUCAUCGACGCCGUCUACGCCAUGGGCCACGCCCUGCACAACAUGCACAAGAACCUGUGCCCCGGCAAGGUGGGGCUGUGCCCCCGCAUGGACCCCGUGGAUGGCGUGGAGCUGCUCAAGUACAUCCGCAACGUCAACUUCUCAGGCAUUGCUGGGACUCCUGUGACAUUCAAUGAGAACGGGGAUGCUCCGGGGCGUUACGACAUCUACCARUACCAGAUCAGGAACUCCACCCCUGAGUACAAAGUCAUUGGGCAGUGGACAGACCACCUGCACCUCAAGGUGGAGAACAUGCUGUGGCCGGGGGGCGGCAGSCAGCAGCCCAGCUCCAUCUGCAGCCUGCCCUGCAAGCCGGGCGAGAGGAAGAAGCUGGUGAAGGGCAUCCCGUGCUGCUGGCACUGCGAGCGCUGCGACGGCUACCAGUACCAGCUGGACGAGUUCCACUGCAARCGCUGCCACUUCAACGAGCGGCCCAACGAGAACCACACCAGCUGCACGCCCAUCCCCAUCAUCAAGCUGGAGUGGAGCUCUCCCUGGGCCGUGGUGCCCGUCUUCAUCGCCAUCGUGGGCAUCAUCGCCACGCUGUUCGUGGUGAUCACCUUCGUGCGCUACAACGACACGCCCAUCGUCAAGGCGUCGGGGCGGGAGCUCAGCUACGUCCUGCUCACGGGCAUCUUCCUCUGCUACGCCACCACCUUCCUGAUGAUCGCCGAGCCCGACCUGAGCACCUGCUCGCUGCGGCGCAUCUUCCUGGGGCUGGGCAUGAGCAUCAGCUACGCCGCGCUGCUCACCAAGACCAACCGCAUCUACCGCAUCUUCGAGCAGGGCAAGAAGUCRGUGAGCGCGCCGCGCUUCAUCAGCCCCGCCUCGCAGCUCGUCAUCACCUUCAGCCUCAUCUCGCUGCAGCUCGUCGGCGUCUGCAUCUGGUUCAUCGUGGACCCGUCCCACUCGGUCAUCGACUACGAGGACCAGCGGACUACAAACCCCCACUUUGCCCGGGGCAUCCUCAAAUGUGACAUUUCGGACCUGUCGCUCAUCUGUUUGCUCGGGUACAGCAUGCUCCUCAUGGUCACCUGCACUGUGUACGCCAUAAAGACCCGCGGGGUCCCSGAGACCUUUAACGAAGCCAAACCCAUCGGGUUCACCAUGUACACGACUUGCAUUGUGUGGUUAGCCUUCAUCCCCAUCUUUUUUGGGACAUCGCAGUCGGCGGAAAAGAUGUACAUCCAGACCACGACGCUCACCAUCUCGGUGAGUCUGAGUGCCUCGGUGUCCCUGGGCAUGCUCUACAUGCCCAAGGUGUACAUCAUCCUCUUCCACCCGGAGCAGAACGUCCCCAAGCGCAAGCGGAGCCUCAAGGCGGUGGUGACAGCGGCCACCAUGUCCAACAAGUUCUCUCAGAAGGGAGGGUUCCGCCCCAACGGAGAGGCCAAGUCGGAGCUCUGUGAAAACCUGGAAACGCAAGGGCAAUCCCUGGAGUUUGAGCCGUAG